CCAAUCAGGCCAGCUCAGCUGGGCGCUGAUUCUCCGUCUGUCCCUCCUACACCUUUCUCAAAGGCCCAAUGGCCUCGGCCCCCGGGGAGAUUGACUAGAGUCACGUGAGCUGCACCGCGGGCAGGUAACUUAGACUAGGGGAAGGGAAUAGGGGAAAAAAAAAAAAAAGAGAACUGCUCCAGCCCAGGCUGGAUUUCUGCCAUGAUGUCAGGAGGGAAGCAACCCAUAGCUUGGUAAUUUCACCUCCUAAUCAGCCCCGGGAAGGAGAUCACCGGGAGCAGUUGUUUCCCCCUGUGGUCAUGACGGCUUCGCACAGUGACUCUUUGGUGGUGUUGUUUGGGGCAACCGCUGGUGCAUAUGGGGCUAAACUGGGUUCGGAUGAGAGGGAGCUAAUUCUGUUGGUGUGGCAAGUUGUGGACCUACACAGCAAGAAGGUAGGGACUCUACACAAAUCCCUGGUGAAAGCAGACAAUUUGGAUUUAAGUGACCAGUGUCGUGAAGUGAGUGGCUUAACACCAGAGGGAUUGGACAAAGCUGAACCACUGGACCGGGUUCUUCAGCAGUUUAGUCAGCUGGUAUCCAGUGAUUUGAAAGUACUUGGAAGGAGCAAUUACACACUCUGCAGUGAUGGCCAGUUACUCAUUCGACAAGUCCUCCACCCAGAAACUUCUAAGAAGAACUUCGUGCUGUCAGACUGCUUCUAUUCCUUUUAUGAUCUGCGCAAAGAAUUUCACACUUGCUACCCUAGUUCAGCCGCCGUGAAAGAUCAGACUAUCAAGACCAUGGCAGAAUAUCUAGGUUUGGGAACAGAUGAAGCAGAGGAAGACUUUGGUGUGUGGCAAGUGAAAACCAUGGUGGCUAUAAUAUUCACCAUGCUUUCUGAAAGUUGUAGUCACUUAUUUACUGAGCCUGAAAAUGUGAAACAGAAGUAUGAAACAGGUCCUUGUAGUAAAUCUGAAAUGGUGAACAGUGAGACGGUAAUACGUGCCAGGGGUUUACCAUGGCAGUCUUCAGACCAAGAUAUUGCUCGGUUUUUCAAAGGACUCAACAUUGCCAAAGGUGGUGUGGCUCUUUGUCUGAAUGCUCAAGGAAGGAGAAAUGGGGAGGCAUUAGUUCGGUUUGUCAAUUCUGAGCAGAGAGAUCUUGCACUGGAAAGACAUAAGCAUCACAUGGGUAGUAGAUACAUCGAGGUUUACAAAGCAACUGGGGAAGAAUUCUUAAAAAUUGCAGGAGGCACCUCCAAUGAAGUGGCCCAGUUCUUAUCUAAGGAGAAUCAAGUCAUCAUCCGGAUGAGAGGCCUUCCCUUCACUGCUACCCAGGAGGAUGUCUUAGGGUUCCUGGGGCCAGAGUGUCCAGUCACAGGAGGGAAAGAGGGACUUCUCUUUGUUAAAUACCCAGAUGGCAGGCCCACAGGAGACGCAUUUGUGUUAUUUUCCUGUGAAGAAUAUGCACAGAAUGCACUUAAAAAGCACAAAGAAAUACUUGGAAAACGUUACAUUGAACUCUUCAGGAGCACAGCAGCAGAAGUCCAACAGGUACUUAAUCGAUAUAUGUCAACACCUCUUAUUCCCACUCUCCCAACUCCCAUCAUUCCUGUCAUACCCUCCCCAUACACCAUUGCCACGGGUAGUGUACGUGAUUGUGUUCGGCUCAGAGGCCUUCCCUACACUGCUGGCAUUGAUGACAUCCUGGAAUUCAUGGGAGAUGCCACAGGGGAUAUCAAGCCCCACGGGAUUCACAUGGUCUUCAAUCAACAGGGGCGACCAUCAGGUGAUGCUUUUAUCCAAAUGAAAUCUGCUGAUAAAGCCUAUAUGGUAGCUCAAAGAUGUCACAAAAAAAUGAUGAAGGAUCGUUAUGUGGAAGUAUUCCAGUGUUCAGGAGAGGAGAUGAACUUUGUUUUAAUGGGUGGCACUUUAAAUCGUAGUGGCUUAUCCCCACCGCCAUGUAAGUUACCAUGUCUCUCUCCACCAGCCUAUGCUGCUUUCCAGGCAGCAGCUGUGAUCCCAGCAGAGGCAGCAAUUUAUCAGCCACAAGCCCUUUUGCCAGCCACCAGGACUCCCCAAGCCUCUGCAACUGCUCCUCAAACUGUUACCUACUAUCCAGCUCAGGCUGCUCAGCUUUAUAUGAAUUACACUACUUACUACCCCAGUCCUCCAGUAUCCCCCACCACGGUGGGGUAUCUUACAGCACCUCCAGGAGCUGUAGCUGCUGCUGCCACUGCCACCCACACUCCGAUUCUGCCCCAGCCUGGAGCAUUAGUCCGUAUGCAGGGCUUGCCAUAUAAUACAGGAAUAAAGGAGAUAAUCAGUUUCUUCCAGGGGUACCAGUAUGCACCUGAUGACUACAAUGGCCUUAUUCAGCUGAGUGAUCAAGCAAGGAGUGUGUUACAAGCACCAAAAGAGUGGGUCUGUUUGUAACUCUUCGUAACUUCCGAAGAAGCUCCACCCAGAUUCCAUCCUCAUGCUUCACGACUUCAGUGGCCAGCCCAGUGGAGAGGCUGUCGUGAGUUUUCCAAGCCUGGAUCUAGCUAUGAAUGCAGUGGCUGAGAAAAAAGGACAGCUUCUGGGAAGCCACUAUGUAGAACUGUUUCUGGUCUAAUUAAACACUUUUUUGGGGAUAUAGAAAGAAUGUCACACUAAACACUGUGCCUUUUGCAAAAUAAGUUUUCCCUAGCCAACCAGGCAACACCAAAUGUGCCUUUUCAGCAUAAUAGAGUGGGACAUGUCCUGUGUUUAAUUUGAAAAAUGGUUUAUCCUGUGCCAAAGAUAAAGUGAAACAAAAAAUCAUGCAGUUAGUUUACUUAAUCUCUUAUGUGCUUGUGUGAAAAUACGCAAACCCAUUCUUGGCAUCUAGUUAAUUCUGAAGACAAUCUGACAGCACUUCAGCUACUGCAGCUGUGAGAGAAACCUGUUCAGUAGCAUUUGAAGUGGAAAGCGAAGCUUGAGUCAUUCAGAUUCUUCUGCGUGUAGUUUUUUGAGCUUACACUUGACAAAGUAUCUGGCUUUUGUAGAAUUUAAAUGUCUCUAGAAAGUUCUUUUGGAGUGCAUAGCUUUCCCAGUUCGAAGCUUAGAUCAUACUGAUUUGUUCUUGACUGGAAAAUACCAGGAUGCUGGACCCCAUAUGCAAUUGUGCUUUCUUAUGUUUCAAUUAGAUAUUGCUUU